CAUAGGUGUUUGGUCUGUGAAGAUGGCGGCUCCCUGUGAGCUGUUUUGCUGGAAGGCUGGUUUGGGUUUACCGUCAGUAAAUACGGACUGUCUGAUCGUGCUGGCAUAUGCUCGCUUCUCUGGAGCUCCGCUCAAAAUUCACAAGAUUUCUAACCCCUGGAGAAGCCCCACAGGUUCACUACCUGCUCUCAGGACCAAAGAGGAAGGCAGCUGCUCUCAACCCAGUCAGAUCAUCAUUCAAUUGAGGAAACAGAAAUACAAUGCAGACUAUGAUCUCUCGGCCAAAGAGGGUGCGGACACGCUGGCCUUCACCUCGCUGCUGGAGGAGCGACUGUUGCCUGCGCUUAUCUACGCUUUAUGGCUCGAUCCUAAGAACUAUGCAGAGGUGACGCGCCGCUGGUACGGAGAGAAUAUGUGCUUCCCGCUCAAUUUCUUCCUGCCGGGCCGCAUGCAGAACAGACAGCUGGAGCGACUCCGUCUGAUCCGAGGAAACAGCGCGCUGGAGGCGGGAGAAGAGGCAGAGAAGGAGCUUUACCAUGAUGCUCUGGAGUGCCUGAAUCUUCUCUCUCAGCGCCUGGGAUCAAACAAAUUCUUCUUUGGAGAUUCGCCCUCUUCUCUGGAUGCGUAUGUGUUUGGUCAUCUUGCGCCACUUAUUAAGAUUCAACUGCCUAACUGCCGACUGCAGCAGAACUUGAAGAAUCUGGACAACUUGAACACAUAUUGCUCUAACAUCCUGAGCCUGUACUUCCCCAAUGAGAGUAAAGAGGGCGUCAGUCGUCCGGUGUCCAGCACACAGCAGGGGGGCGACUUUGACAACGAGCCAUACAAGAGACGCAAGCAGCUGCUGUCAGUGCUGGUUGCUGUGGCAGCGAUGUUGAGCUACGCUCUCCUCACCGGCAUAGUAGCUAUUGAGCAUAUGCAGGAGGAGGAGCAUGUAGGCCCCGCCUCACUCAGGGGCCCCUCCCAUGAGGAUGAAGAGGAGGAGUGAAUGAGAAUGAAUGAAAGUAGGGCUUUCUGUUAGUUGCACUGGGAUGGUCACUUUACAUGGUGGAGAAACAUACAAGAAACCAUAUAUUGUUAGGGAUUUAUGUAUUAUUUAUUCCUUGACUUGAGCUUUAAUUGCAUAAGCUUUCAUUUUCUAUUUUUGUUAAAUAAUUUU